AUGAGUUCUAUCCCAGCUUGGAAAAGAGCCGGUCUUAGUGUCCAAAAAAGCAAACCAGAAGAAGAAGAUGAAAAUGACUUGCUAGAAACAAGAAGAAUCGAUACUGCUGAUUUAACCAAAAAUCAAUUGAAGAAAGUUAGUAAUAAACGUAAAUUACAAGAAGCUCUAGGCACUUCAUCAUCAACAACAAAGAGCGAUGCAAACAAAAAACCACCAAAGAGAAUAAAGUUGCCUAAAAACGAAAGAAAACCACCACCAGUUAAAGAUCAACUAACUUAUUUAAAACAAUUUGCCAAUGAUAAAUCAAAUUGGAAGUUUAAUAAACUGAAACAGAAUUGGAUAUUGAAGAAUUUGAAAGAUAUACCUAUGGAAUAUGAACACGAAUUGAUAUUGUACUUGUCUACCUUGCAAGGUGGUUCAAGGGACCGAUUAGUUGAAGAGUUGAAACAAGUGAUUGAGAAGUGGAAUGUUGAAUAUGAAGAAAUGGAAAGGACAAUUGAACAAAAGUUGUUGAAUGGUGGUGAUAAGGAAGAAAAAGAGGACGAGGACGAGGGGGAAAAAGAGGGACUGAAACAAGAAAAGGAGGUAAAGGAGGAACUGAAACAAGAACAGGAACAGGAAUCCAAUCAAGAAGAAUUGAAUUUGGAGUAUGUGGUGAGAUGUAAAGCUAUACUAGAUUCAUUAAUCGAUGAUAAAGUACAAGUUAAGGGACACGAUGAUGAUGAGGGUGAGGUAGCAACGCAUAACGAGAAAUCAGAUUCUUUUAAGGAGGAAGAAGUUGAAGUUAGAGAGAAAGAAGAAGUCGCGGCGAACAAGAUGAAAGACAAGAAGGACAAGAAGAAGAAGAAAGAUAAAAAUGAAAAGAAAGUUACCAAGGACAAGAAAGAUACCAAGGACAAGAAACACAAGAAGAAAUCAACCAAAUCAGAAUCUCCCAGUGACACAAGUGAUGUAUCUAAUUUGAUUAUAAAUGAAGUUGAAGUAUGA